AUGGCGUUUGGUUCCAAAGUCGUCAAAGUCAUCCUCGUAUUCUGCGUUGGUCUCUUCGCUAUCAUCACGGGAAUUCUUCGACUUGGCUUUAUGGUCACCACCGACUUUAGCGUCGAUACAACUUACAAAAUGGCUCGGGUCGCCCUAUGGGUUGUUCUUGAAGCGCAUGUUGGCCUCUGGUGCGGCAGUUUCCCUGCACUUCAGCCUCUACUCCGCCUCGUUUCCUACAAGCUCGGCCUCCGAAGUCAUCUCGACAGCACCAACAAGCCGACUACUCGAGGCACUGGAACAGGUACUCGGCCUGGCGCAGGUGGAUACAUCAAGCAGCAUAGCGCUAUCGAUCCUGAGAGCGACGGUGCGAGUGCCAGAGUUAUUGUCUCGGGCGGCGAUUCGACGACGGAGUUUGUGGAACUCGGCGACGUGGAUAAGGGUAUUAGGAAGACAACUGAUGUGAUUGUGAAAGCGGAGGAUGGCGUCUAUUCAAGAGAGAGGCAUGAGAUAGCAUCGCCAAGGGCUGUGAGACCCACGGGAUCAAACGUGGAUGAAACAGAUCGUGAGGAACAUCUCGCUACGGCUGACGAAUACGACUAUACCUAA